AUGGCUCCCAAGCAAGAACAAGAAUCUGCACUCUUGAACCCUCUCGUCGACGGUCAAGAUACAGACGAAGACUCAGAAUCCUACCAUUAUGUCCCUCCUCGAAGACGGCGAUGCUCUGCAUGCAGAUGUGUCGGAUGGAUCUUCACUCUUCUCUCAAUUAUCUUCAUCUCAGCACUCACUGGUGCUUGGAUCUCAAUGGCAUAUCUCAACAUUGACCAGACAUGUGCUGCACACACAACAUCAUGGUCGCCGGUUCUCAAGGACAUUUCGAUAAAAUACCACGAGCAACCAUUUGAUGGAAACUUUAUGGAAGAGAAUGACUUCCGCAAGAACGGCUCUGCUAAAGUCGAUGCGGCGUGGGAGUCACUCGGUGUUGACUAUCGACCUGGUGUCAUCUCAUACGAAGAUGGAAUUGCCAGCGGUCUCACUGAUGCCCAUGUCCAAGUUAGUCCUGAACAUGGCGGCGGUUUCAUCGUCAAUGUUGAGGGCAUGCAUCACCUUCACUGUCUGAAUCUUGUCCGUAAGUCUCUCUACUUCAAUUACGACCACUACAAGGCCCUGGGUGGACAUGCCUUCAAGAACGACGGCGAGGUUUUCCGCCUGCACGUCACGCACUGCCUUGACACAAUUCGCCAAGUUCUCAUGUGCAACGUUGAUACCGGUGUUCUUGGACAAGUCUGGUACGACAGGAAGAACCCCAGCGCGUUCCCCGACUUCAACACCAAGCACACUUGCAAGAACUACGAAGAUAUCAAGAAGUGGUCAGAGAAGCUUCAGGCUCCUCCUCCUGGUACACUGCCCCCAGACUUCCUCGCCAACCCACACCCAGAGCACGUUCUUGAGUUCACACCAUAA